ACUCACCAAUUUAAUGCUUCAUACAUUUCAAGUUAUACAGAGGAUUUGCUGUUGCUUUAAACAUUCGACAGAUGGAUCUCAAAGCAGCUAAAAUUAGUGGGAGAUUCGGGUUACUGCCUCUGCCCAAAAGGUUAGGAAGGCCAACUUGUGUACACAUUGGCAACAAGAACAACAUGAAAAAGUUUGUUGUUAAUGCUGCCAGCUCGGGCGAGUCAGGGCCUGGGAGAAUGGUAGACGAGGAUAUGUUAGUUUUGAGAAAACGAAUGUAUGAGGUGAGAAUGGAAGAAAUAAAUUAUAUCCCUCCACAGCACUGGAUGGAGUGGGAAAAAAAGUGGUAUCCCACAUAUAAUUCAGAUGUGUGUUCUUCCCUCAUCUGGCUGCAAAACAUACUGCUUAACACUAGACCUGGCGUUACCAUGGCGGCUGCGGCUUCAAUUUCGUUGAGUGUGCCACUUUGUCUCUUGCUUCUCCUUAUUCAAUGCCCAAUUACUCUCAAUGGACUAAAUCCGCAGUUACUCAGCUUUUUGAGUCGGUAGUUGCGCAAAAGCAAACUUUUAUUAGAAAGUUGUUCCCGUUUGUGGACCAUAUUGUCAUUUUGAUUAGCCUCCAACACAAAUAUAUGUUCUUAUAUUCCUCUUAUCAUGAA